AUGGAUGAUCAUCAAUUAAAUAACUUGAUUAAGUGGUUAGAUACAUUUGAUCUUCAAACUCCUCACUCAACAACAGAGGAUAUAAGCGAUGGUGUUGCUUUAGCAGAUGUCUUAGCUCAAAUUGCUCCUGAAUGGUUCACUGCUGCUUGGAGAGCAAAAAUUAAAACUGAUGUUAGUUCUAACUGGCGACUAAAAGUUAGUAACCUUAAAAAAAUAGUUGAAGCUAUAAUGGAAUAUUACAUAGAAUGUUUGAAUCAGCAAUUAUCAGGUUAUGUUAAACCUGAUGCAACUAAAAUAGGUGAACAUUGUGAUAAUUAUGAAUUACGUCGUUUAUUACAAUUAAUUCUUGGAUGUGCAGUUAAUUGCAAUCAGAAACAACAAUAUAUAACAAGAAUUAUGGGAAUGGAAGAAACUGUUCAACAAGCAAUUAUGCAAAAUAUUCAAGAGCUGGAAAGUAAUAUGCAUGGACCAAGACUAAGUUUAGGUACUAGUCUUAAUUUUGAAUCUUUGGAUGUAGCUGAUGGUACUCAGCAAAGAUUACUAGCUGAGCUUCAAAUAACUGUUGAUAUGAAAGAACAAUUAGCACAAAAAUGUCAUGAACUUGAUCAACAGCUUUCACUUUUACAAGAAGAAAAAGCUGCAUUGGUAGCAGAAAACAAAAAACUUCAAGAAAGAUUAGAUGAAUUUGAAAAUCCAGAAGAAUCUGGUUCUAUUUUAAAAUAUUCUGGUCUUAGAAAACAGGUGGAAGCAUUGAAAGAUGAAAUAUUUAAAGUAGAAACAUCAAGAGAUGAUUACAGAUUAAAAGGAGAACUAUUAGAAAAGGAAGUAUUGGAAUUACAAUCUAAGCAAGAAGACUUACAAAAAGCAGCAGAUAAAGCUAAUCAUCUAAAAGAUGAAAUAGAUGCAUUAAAAGAAACUGCAGAUAAAGUAGCUAAAUAUGAACUUACAAUAGAAUCAUAUAAAAAGAAAAUGGAAGAUAUGAGUGAUUUAAGAAGACAAGUUAAAAUAUUAGAAGAUAAGAAUUUAGAAUAUUUACAAUCUAAAAUAGAUUAUGAAGAAGAAUCAAAACGGACUGCAAUGUUACGAAAUCAUUUAGAAGUUUGCAAACAGCAACUUGCUGAAGCACAUCAUAAGUUAGAUGAACAAACAAAUAAAUGUGAUAAACUUGAAUUUGAAGGUAAAAAAAUGGAAGCAAAACUAAGCACUUUACAAAGAGAAAGAGAUAGAUUAAUUGUAGAGAGAGAUGCUUUAAAAGAAACAAAUGAGGAGUUAAAAUGUACACAAUUACAAGCAGCAGAAAAUAUGGCAAAACCUAGUACUGAUAGUACUGUUACAAACACAGAAAAUAUUCCUCUUGAAAUUAAAGAAAAGUUAUUGUCUUUACAACAUGAAAAUAAAAUGUUAAAACUUAAACAAAAGGGAAAUGAAGAUAAAUUACCAACAUUUCAAGCACUAUUAGAAGAUUCAGAAGAAAGAUUAAAUACACUUAGAGAUCAAAAUCGUAAAGCUAAUCAAAGAAUAAUUGAAUUAGAAAACAGGUUGGAAGAAGCUUUAGGAAGUCAAUCUAGUGGAGACAAUAAAACUGAUAAUAUCAAUUUAGGGCAAAAAAUAACACAGCUGCAAGAUGAACUGAGGAAAAUACAAGCAGAAAAGGAACGUUUAAUUGUACAAGUUGAAGAACGCGAAAAUGCAUUGCAAGCUCAAAAACAAAAAGCUUUUGCUCUUCAAGAAAAGUUAACACGUCGAGAAUACGAUAAUUCAGCACUUGAGGAACGUUAUAAGAAAUAUGUGGAAAAAGCAAAAAGCGUUAUUAAAAGUUUAGAUCCUAAGCAAAAUAAUUCUUCUCCUAAUGAAGUAGCGGUUUUACGGAAUCAAAUUUUGGAACAGCGUAAAAUCAUGGAAGAUAUGGAACGCUCGUUAAAAGAAUCUAAAUUAAUUAAAGAAAUGGAAGAAAAAUUAAUGAUAUCCGCAUUUUAUCGCUUAGGUUUAACUUGUCAUAGAGAAGCAAUAGAUCAACGCCUUGCAGCUUUAAGUUCAGGUCAAGGACAAUCCUUCUUAGCCAGACAAAGACAACCAUCUGCAAGACGUCAUCCACCUUAUAAUUCUAAAUAA